AUGGUACAUUUUACGGUGAAGAGAGUCGAAAGUUCGACCAAUGAACGACUCGAGGUUGCAGCAGAACUAUUCACCGACCUCAUGAAAGAUAAUCUUGGAGCUAUCAGCUUAGCAGGAGGCGAAGACUCCCUCAUGCCCCUCCAAGCACUUGCCCUCCUACGUGCCGGGGUCCAUUCCGGAGAGUACUACGAAGCGAGCAACGAACAAGGAGAGCUAGUUGGAUACACGUUGUGGAUGCCGCCUGGCCAGGAGAUGUUCAGCACUGAGGAACAGAAGCAACUCGGCCUGUACGAAUUCAUGGCGAAGCUCUCGGACGAAGCGAAAGAAUACUAUAGGACGAAGUAUAUGGCCGAAUUUCCAGGAUUCGUAGCAAGUUUGUUGGGUCCAAUGGGAAAACUGGAUUCGUGGUGGCUACACAUGGCCAUGAUUCGACGAGACUACCAACGCCAAGGAGUCUUCCGUGCCUUACUUUCACUUGUUCGAGAGAAGGCAGCAGCAGCGGGGCAGUACCUCGCGACCUGCACAACCAACGAUGACAAUGCAAGUUAG